GAGAGACCAUUGUCCCUUUUCCCCACUCGCCCCUCUAUUGCUCUAGGACCCCUCGUCGAGUAUCAUGCCCGAUCUUUCUGGCCAACAUCUGGCAGCACUGCGAAGUGUUAUUGUGGACAAGCCACCGUACUCCAGCGGGGUGUGUACUAUUGCCUCCGACCACUUUCAGCUUUUCUACAGAUCAAACGGCAAGGACGCUCGAUGCAUUGACCUGUCCACAGCGACUGAAGACGAAGUAAAGGAUCUAGCACAAACCUGCACCCCCGCCACUUUCGGUCGUAACAACGAAGACGUGUUCGAUGAGUCGUACCGGAAAGCAUGGAAGCUCGACCGCAGCAAUUUCGCCACGAAUUUCUACCCCCUGGAUCAUGAAGCAGUCGUUGGCGCUCUACGCUCGGAGAUCCUCGAGGGCUAUGACGAGAAGAAGCCUAUCAGGGCGGAACUCUACAAGUUGAACAUCUACGGGCCGGGCUCGUUCUUCAAGGCCCACAAGGAUACGCCUCGCGCAGAAAACAUGUUCGGCUCGCUCGUCGUUGUCUAUCCGACACCGCAUGUAGGUGGUGCUCUCAUCCUUCGCCACAGAGGUCAAGAGUGGAAGUUCGACUCGGGUGAGAUCCUCGCGUCCCAUGCCGAGCCGCGCCUAGCGUACGCAGCAUUCUACGGCGAUGUCGAGCACGAAGUCACCCCCGUCGAGUCGGGGUAUCGUGUCACCUUGACGUACAACCUCUAUUUCUCCAGUCCUGAAGAUACUGCGGAGCCUGAAGGCCCAGCUGUCUCGGCAUCCAAUGCUCUUCACAAGUCCAAGUUUCGGGAGAUGCUGCAGAGGCUCCUGGACGACCCGACCUUCUUGCCAGACGGCGGCAGCCUCGGCUUCGGCCUGAGAUAUCAGUAUCCAGUCGAGCAGGGAAAAGACGAGUAUACUGACAUGCCCGUGAAAUCCGUUACCGUCGCCCAACGUUGCCUCAAAGGCAGCGACGCCGUCAUAUGGACCGUUUGCCGCGACCUGUCACUUCAUGCGUCAAUCAAAGUCCUCUACAUUCCGAAAGAUGAUGAGGACGAAUGUAACCCUGUCGUCAUGAAAAACAAUUUUGAGCGAGUAUGCACUUGGGAUGGGGCAGAGGAGUCUCUCCACUAUCUUCUCCUUAAGAAUGGAGCACGAAUCGUUCAGUCCAGACAUAAUGAAGAGGAUGACGCCACAAAAGACUUCGAUGAGGAGUACUACGAGAGGUUCCGACGAGAGAAGGUCUAUUGGGUGACAGAUUGGAGCGAGUACAAUAAGUUCUCGGACCCAUAUUUGGCGUACGGGAACGAAAGUUCGCUCGCUUUCGCGUACGGAAACUUGUGCCUCAUCGUUGGCAUCGGGCCGUACGGUGAGAGGAGCAAGGUGAGUAGUACGGUCAAGAAGAAUAAGGGAGAAGUUAGCGCUGGCCAGUGGGGAAAGGCUAAGAGGCUCCGGAUGGGAUAGGGCUUCGUAUCAGUCAGAAAUAUGUAUGCGACAGAC